CAGUGUAGGAAUUGAGUCACUGGUCCUGACCCCUUCCAAAUUUAUUUCCCAGUGCUUCAACACCAAAGACCGCCCCCACGCCAUCACAUCGCGACAACAGCAUUGCGCUCCAUCGCAUCGGCGUCUUCGACCCCCACACGUAUUCCGCGACUGCUGCCCUGCCAGGUCUCCGGAUAGCUUCGCUUCACCUCCACCGGCGCAUCACAAGUGACCUUGCGUGCCACCUCUCGAACUCUUCCUCCCUCUCUCUCCCUCUCAACCCUCCUCGACAUCACCAUGGCCACCGGCGACCUCACACCGACAGGCGACGGCCAAAAGGCCCAGGGUUCCGACAUUCCCAUCCGCAACAAGACGACGGAUGCAUUCGACAUCGUCUCGACGUACCACUCCCUCCUCCAAGACCCCGACCUGACAAAACCCGUCGCCGCCAUCGAGGCCCUCAUUUCGCUCCUCAACGCCUCGGGCACCACCACCGUCUACGAGACGCUCGACCUUGUCAAGCGCGCUUCCAACACGCUUCACGCCUCCGUCAACAACCCCGUUCCCCUCCAGGCCGGAACCGACCUAUUCCUGCAGUACCUCGUCUCCUCGCUUAAGCAGCAGGAGGGAGCCCCGUUCGCCAGCGCCGCCACCGCGAACCCGCACCAGUCCUUCGACGCCGUCCGCACCCACCUCCUCCGCAACGGUCGUCUCUUCGCCUCGCGUGCCAUCGCUGCACGCGACCGCAUCGCCGACGCCGGCUGGCGCUUCGUCCGCGACGGCAAGGUCGUCCUCACCCACGGCGCCUCGCGCGCCGUCUCCACCCUGCUGUUCCGCGCCGCCGACCAGUUCGGCGCCGGCGGCGUGCGCUUCAAGGUCGUCUACGUGCGUGACGAGCACCGCCCGGCCGAGUCGGACCGCGUCGUUCGGGAGCUCCGCGAUAAGGGCAUUCCCGUUGCCGAGAUCGCCGAGCCCGCCGUCGCCCACGUCCUAGGCCUGCUGCGACAGGUCCACAUGGUCUUCGUCGGCGCCGAGGCCGUCACCCAGAAUGGUGGCAUCAUCUCGCGCAUGGGCACCUACCAGAUCGCCAAGCUGGCCAAGCAGGCCGGUCUUCCCUUCUACGUCGCCGCCGAGUCCCACAAGUUCGUGCGCAAGGUCCCUCUAGACCAGCGCGACCUGGGCUUCAAGCAGCAUGUGUUGGACUUCCGGACGGACGGCGCGAGCGUGCAGCCCGAGGACGCCGUGGAUUACACUCCCCCCGAAUUUAUCUCAAACCUCGUGACGGAAAACGGCGUCAAGCUGCCCAGCUACGUCUUCGAACAGCUCCUCGACAUCUACGGCAGUCUGAACGGUUGAGUGGUCAUGUGAAACGAAACGCCUUGGUUGCAAUCGGAAUGCGACUUCCAUAUGAAGAUGAUUGAAGCCGUGGGGGAAGGAAAGGUGGGAAGUCCAUCCAGUGCUUUUUCAGCGGAUGCGGUGGGGCCCCGGGCAGGCUCGGAGCGAAGGCCGGCCGUAUUGCGGGCCCGGACGUGAAAAAUCGUGAAAACCGGCUUUUGGCGAGGUUGUGGGGUAGCCGAAAUCUCCGGAGAAAUCCCGGCUCGGCGGUCGGGAACGCGCGCGCACGACGCUUUGGCUCCGGACGGUCCGAGGUUCAGACAGGCGGGCGGUUGUGAGCGAGGUAUCCUAUCCGUCAGGCACUUGUCGGCCGGCCCAAUGGGGGCAUGUGUACAGCGAGGUACCUUUUGUCGGCGACGUUGCCCAGUCGAAUACAUUCCCAGAUACCUAUGUUAAAUCAUCCAUUACUUCCUCUGCCGAACCAUCGCGGCGUCACUAUGACACCAGGAACCAGAACAACUUCCGCAGGAGAACAGG